AACGCUUCGACCGCAGGAGAACCGAGCGUGCACUGGGUAGCUAGGGGUCAUGGCAGACGUACGGCGUGCAGCUCUCAUUUCCACGAUGGUGAUCCGCUUUUCAGCUCAAUAUACUCGAGUAAUCCACUUCUCUCUCCCUCGUUUCUCCGUCCAACUCGCGUUCAAAGGGUACCGCUGAAGGUUUGCGGUCAUUCUUUUCCUGCAACCUGUCCGAUCCCGUUCCAUUCUUUACCGACAAGUCACUCUCUUUACUUUCAAUUCGUUCUCUGUUCGACGCCCGACGAUAUCUUUUACUUACUACAACAACGACUUACGACGCGACUUGAUUGAUCCGACGACACUAUGGCCAUCACUGUUUCCGUUACUGUCCCAGCGGGUUUGACGGGAGCUGCGCUCACCUCCUACUUGUUGGGAACCGAUUCACCUUUGACGUUGGAUACCGGGAAAACCAUUUCUAUUGCAACGGCCACUACUACUUCGUCUGCGACAACCACCUCCACGAGCAGUUCGAAGACGGCCGCCAAGACCACUUCGUCCUCCACCACUACCGCUCAAAAGACCACGUCGACUACCACCCCUACCCCUACCCCGACGUCUACCUCCUCAACUACCACGAGCAAAAAGUCGACAACCUCCAGCAAGGAAACCACCAGUACAACAAGCUCCCACACCACCAGUGCCACCCUCCCCAAUGUGUCAACCUCGACGACGUCCUCAGUCACUUCUUCGGCUACGGCGUUGCUUGUGUCCGCUGUCUCAUCAACCACAAGUGCAACACUCGCACUCAGUUCCACUCACACAACCUCCUCGUCCUCCGCAACCGGUACCGCGAUCUCCUCCAAAUCAUCCGCAUCAAACUCUUCUUCCUCUGGCUCGUCCAACACUGGCGCCAUCGUCGGAGCGGUCGUUGGUGUCGUCCUCGGUGUCAUCGCGAUCUCCGCUUUGCUCGGCCUUUACCUCGUUCGCAAGCGUAGAAGAAGGCAAGCUGGUAUGGUCGAAAUCACCGACACGCCCAACGAGAAGUUCGACGCGUUCCGCACCCCACAAGUUGGCUCGAACGAGAUGAAGACACCCAAUGUUCGUGUCGGGAAGAGCCCUGGACCUGAUUUCGACUUUGGCGGAUUGGUGCCGGUUGAGCAUGGUCAGGGAAGGAGGUUGAGUUACAUGAACCCUGGGGCUGCUGGAAGCCAGCACUCUAACCUUGGUUUGGGGAUCGAGACACAGAGUGUGCGGAGCAUGGAGCCGACUUUGCCGCAGGUUGCUAUUGAUAGUCAGAACCAGCAGCGCGUCCUCCUUGCUGGUGCCGCUGCUGCGGGUGCUAUGGGCGCUGCGGGUGCGAUGAGGCCCAACACCCCCGGCAGCGAGAGCAGCUUCGGUAACGAUGCUGCCUCUAGCCCCUCUGUUGGUGGCCUGUCCCCCGGUCCUCGCGGGCAACUCCAGCCUCCGCGUCGCAAGCCUCUUGGACAAGGACCUCCUGGAGGGGCGAUCCAGCACUACGCUCCCCGUGGCCCUCCUGGAGCUAUGGGACCCAAUGGUCGCCCUCUUUCUCCCCUUGGUCAGGGUGCUCCUGGUCAGCGUCGUCCCGGUCCUCCUGGACCUCAGGGUGUUUGGCCUCGUCCGAUGUAUCCUGGUGGUCCUGGCAUGCCCGGCCAACCUGGCCCCGGUCCUCAACAGCGUGGUCCUCCCGCGCCCUACAGGCAAUACCCCGGCCAACAGCCUCCGUUGUCGCCUAUGGGUGCACCCACGUUCCAAGGACAACCUGGUCCUGGACCUCAACAGGGUCAGCCUAGGAUGAUGAACAUGCAGCAGCCCCCAUCUCCGCCGAAUGUACCUCCUCCGGGAGUUGCUGGUGUAGCCGCUGGCAUGAUGAUUCCCGGACCCUCGAUGACGCAAAGUCAGAGUAUGGCUAGCUUGGCCACCACCGGCUCCAUCGAGUCCGCGAACACCUCCGUCCUCAACCCCGAAAAUGUCUCCGCCCCUAUGGCCAUGGCAGAGUUGACCCCCGUCAUGGAAUCCACUCCCAUGAUGGAGUCUUCAUCCACUAUGGGUAAUGCCGACGCUGACAUUGAGACCAUCCCUGGAUCUCCCGCAGCCGAGGUCGAGCGUUCCAAGACUGUCGCUGCUGCAACGAACAAGUGGGCCGAGAAGAGGAAGGUGUUGAACCAGAUGCUGAAUCAGGAGCAGCAGUCGCCUGUUGUCGCGCAGGAGGAGAACGUGUCGUCGUCUUCUGAGGCUACUGUUCUUGCAGCUGGAGCUGCUGCUGCUGCUGCCGCUGUUGGUGUUGCUGCUGUUUCUUCAGUUGACAUGGAUGAGGAGGAGGAGUCCGUUCCCGAGCCUGCUGCCGAGGCGUCGAGGCCGAAGAGUCAGUAUGUUGAUGCCCCCGAGGCUGAGGCGGCUGAGAUCCAGGCUGCACAGACUGCCCGUGUUGGUCAGGACUACCGUUCUCCGACUAUGAGCGUGUUCAACAUCUUUGGUGACGAGAACGCUAUCGACGCUGCUGCUGCCCCUGAGGAGACUCAGGAGUCUGUUCCGGUUGGAGAGACUGUUGAGGUUGCUGCUCAGCGAGAACCCGAGGUUGAGUCCGACUCUGAGGCUGAAGAGGGGGUUGAGCAGGAGGAGAAGCGAGAGUCCUUGGCUGCCGUUGCGGCCACCCAGGCUGAAGAAGCUCAGGAGGAGCAGAGUGGUGAUGAUACCGAAUUCGAGGCCGAGUCUUCCGAGGAGGAGUCUGAAGAUGAGGAAGAGGAGAAGAAGCAGGAAUAAACAAGAACCAAAUAAUAAAGUUGAACUUCGAAAGGGAAGAAGAGGAUUUAGGAAGGUUAUC